UAUGGUUUGACAGAUGGCGUACUUCGGGGAACUACGUGGUGAGGUGUCCCCGCGAAUCAGGAUCGCCAAAGGGAAGCCGGACUUCGACAGACGACUGGGGUCUUACAACAACAGCUUCAACAUCAACGUAUCGCGAUUGAAACCGGUCAUCAAGGACGGCAGCAAAGAGACAAUGUUGGCGUACUCGGAGCGCAUGCAGAACAUCGCCAAGACAAGGAAGCUGCAACCAGCGGCGGCGGCGGUAGAUGACGUGUCCCUGGAAGUGAGAGCUCAUCAGAUCUACAAGAAGAACAAACCAGCCGAGAAGCUCCCACCCGAGAGGAAGAUUCUGUCCUUCGAGCAGCUGGUGGGGCGGAGCAAGAACAAGAAGGAGAGGCCACAGUCUCUGGACGAGGUUACGUUGAGGAGGAGGCGAAUCCGCGGGGUGCAUGGAAUCAGCAAGGCCAGAACCCCCCGCGGUCUGACCGUCCUCCCGUCUCUACCGGAUAUACCUGCUGCUGCUGCUGCUGCUGUUCAGAAAAAUGUGAAGGUGAGCUUCGUGAACGCGUCUGACCUGUACGACUUUGUGGACUGCAGCAUCAGGCAGACGACGUUCAAGAAACAGCCACUGGGUAAUCUCCGGCGAGAACAGGAUCCUCUUGCAUCAGACAGAGAACGAGCAGGCGGAGCACAGUUUAACGCCGCUCAUCAUGCAAACAUUGAUGCGCGAGUUUUACCUCCCAUAACCAUAUACCUCAAACCUCGCGAAGGAAAGGGUAAUAAGGACAUGAACAAAACAGAUGAUAAAGAACAAAGGACAUCAGAUAAUGUGUCGCAAGAGGAGGAAACUCCAGCUCCAACCAGUCAGUUGGAGCAACUCAAAAUCAGACCGAGAAGAGCAAAACGUAUGACACUGCCGAAAUCUGGGUUGGAUUCCAUUCCAGAGACAGAUCGUGAUCGCGAAGCCUCGCAUUUGAGUAGCUUCCGGUGGGCGUCCAGCCAACAGCCCCUGUAUAUCCCCACCCACUCCUCCCCUGAUCUGGCUAUCCGGGGAUCGGGAAGUCCCAUACGAACAGCGAAUGGUAGUCCGACACGAACAUGGAGUCCCACAAAAUCGGCAAUGGGGAGUCCCAAACGAACAGGGAGUCCCAUGACAAUGGAUUCUGGAAGUCCCACAAAUAUGGGGAGUCCCAGGGCAGAGAAAUAUGUAAAGACUGAGAGGGAUAUACGGGUAGGGUUGAAGGUCAGGCCUCACAGUGACCCCCAGACGAACGUGGAACUAGAUUCUGAUUACGAGUUCGAGGAUGAUUACGUGUUUUACGAAGACGACUCGUCUUCAAAGGUUAGCGAGGACUCAUCAAACUACGUCACGAGAUCUUUGCAGAAGCUGGUGUUCCUGAAAGACAACUCUAACAAUCAUCCUCAGCAGUUUACAUGAUGCUGCUUUAAAUUAUUCGAGGGGAAACACAAUCAUAUUGAUUUAGUUUCGGAUCUAUCUGAAAGAAGAGGUAUGUGAAAGAAAUGGGUAAUCUGUUUUCAGUCACACGUGUCUGUUCGUUGUUUCCACGCAUGGCGGGAGUUACAUUAUUUUGUGAACGCUGAACGUUGCUCAAUGUAAAGGGACACUAGGUUCCAGUUAAUCUGAUACCAUAUGUGAAGAUUAUCAGUUCGUUUAAAUCUGGAAUAUUACCCGUUUCGCCAGCAUUGAAUAUUUCGUUUUGUUGUCGUUAAAUGUGGUUUUCUUCUAGAUGAGUGGCGGUCUACUUAAGAACGAGCACCUAAUAGUUGAUCAUGGAAGCAGUCACCACUUUACCUAACAUCCUUUAGAAUCUGCCUUGUGCAGAGAUACGAUUUUGAUAUUGGAAUACGGUUUUGUCGUUCAGAUUUAAACCAACAUAAACAGUGUUGGUUACAUGCCAUAUUUGAACCUCCAGAAAGGAACAUUAUUGAACAAGUUCGUAGGAACGAGAUCUGAAGUGGGGGAGGCACAAUCUAUUCUGAAGGGGCAGUCUAGUGUAGGGGAGCACAAGGCAUAUAUUACCAUUAUUUGUAUUGAGUAGGAUAAAACAAAAACCGUACAUUUUAGUCAACACGUGUGGGGAACAGCCCCCUCCCUACCUACCCACCCCCGAUUCCUACAGGCCUGUAGAAGUACAGUCAUAUCUGUUUAGAAAGACCAUGCAGAUGUAAUAUGUAUUAUUUAGAAAAAUACUGUCCAAAAAGACAUUAUUCAGUUCUUUUGAUAAUCGGGUGUUGUUUAAUAUGUUUGGGUUUUUUAGCAUGUUUGACUCCUAGACUGAUAUCAGAGAUACGACCCUAAUCCAGGAAUACGGUUUUGUCGUCCAGAUCCGUCUAAAGAUAUCAAUGAUGUUCUGCGAUAACUGAACAAUGUCCCGUCUCCUCAGCAUCGCGAAGAACAGUUACAAUAAGCAUUAUGUGAGUACUGCCAUAGCAAUACAUGUCCCCUACCAGAUUCAGCAGAAUGAAAUAUCUCUUAAGUUCAAGGGCCACAACUCAGUGAAUAAUGUGUCAAUUGUCAUGGAAGUCACAUUUGAUCAAUAGCAGUACAUGUUAAAACUAGGCACAAACGUUGAGCUCAAUACUUUAAAAAAAAACAGUCCUGAAAAUGAUAUGUGGAACAGACGAACUAAUAAAGAGUUUAAAAAGUUAAAAGUUUGUUCUGUUUAACGACACCACUAAAACACAUUGAUUUAUUAAUCAUCGGCUAUUGGAUUUCAAACAUAUGGUAAUUUUGAC